AUGGGUGCAUAUAAUAGAUACAAAAAUGGGGAUUAUGACAGAGUGUACCAAGAUCUAAAAGCGUUUUCGAAAAACGGAGAGAAUUUCUGCAGACAGUUCAGGUUUGUUCUCCAGCAAAGGGCUAACUUAGAAAUUAGCUAUGCCAAAGGACUGGAGAAGCUUACCAAAGCUUUGGACAAGAUGAAGCUAAACUCUGCAGCCAUUCUGCUUGGAAAUGUUAGUACUGUCGGCACUCUAUACCUGACUUCUUUUUUUAAUUGGUGUAUUUGGCUGGAGGCCAAGAAGAAAUUAAUGCAGUUUACCAAGGAACAUGAAGCACUCUUCCAUUAUGUAGAAAACACCAAGCAAUUUGCUACAGGGAAGAAGAAGCAGAAGUUGCUCAGAAGGCUAGAAAAAUCAGCAACAAAACUAACAAAGGAAUAUGAAGAUUAUAUUAUAUUAUAUCAAAAAAAUAUAACUGGCUACAAAACUAGACCGAGCUGAGAGACAGCUUUAGAAAAUAGCUACCAGAGUAUUCUAGACCUGGAGAAGGAAAGAUUGCAGCUUCUGUGCAAUAUCCUAAAUACUUAUAACCAGCACCUUUCCAGUUUUGGACAAAACUUGGUCGCAGGUCACACAAAGAUUCGCAGUGCCGUCAGCCAGGUGGUUGCUGAAAAGGACAUUCAGACUUUACUGGAAGAAAUGUCAGUGUCCUCUCCUGAAACCUAAUCUAUGUUCUUAUUAACGGAUUAUUAUGUGAAUUCUGGCAAUGCAAGCAACGCAGUUUGCUCUAGCACUUUGCCAGAUCUAAACAAGGCAGCACAGGAAAAAGAAGGUCUGGAGCGGAUGCUUAAAACAUACAUAGACACCCCCCGAUUUUCAGACACUGCUGUGCUCCUGGAGCAGACAAGCCCAAAAACAAGCCUUUUGCGAGCAAACAUCUGCAAACUAUCCACAGUACUAGCAGAACUAGAGCAGAGGCCUAAGCCCAGACAUCCCUGGAGCGACUGUAUCUCCAGCUGGAAAGAGAAGGUUUGUGCCUUUCCACUAUCAAAACGCAUAUAUAGUUGCCACAUGCAUAAAUGUAAUGACAUGCUGGUUAUUAAGGGCCAGAUUUUUAAGAGGUAUGGAGGGGACAACAAUCCUGCAAAUGGUACCUGCAAGGCUUUGUAUGACUACCAAGCUAAAAGGGAUGAUGAGCUAAGUUUGCAAAAAGGUGACUUUAUUAUCAUUCACCAGAAGGAUGAUAAUGGAUGGUGGUAUGGGACCCUAAAGGAGAGAAAAGGUCACUUUCCCACUACGUCUGUAGAAGAUAAGUUCCCUACUUCCAUAGAUGAAACAUCCUCAGAAGCAUAAGAAAAUAACGAAGAUCACUGAGGUGCCUAAAGAUCAUAUUUCUUUAAAUUGUUCAGUUUGUU